CUCUUUGAAGCCUUGCAUCGUCUGUUCAUUCAAAACCCUAGAUUCCAGAGACCCUAGAUAUCGAAGCAGCUUCUCUUCUUUUUAUCGAAUCCGAUCGAUAGAUCCUUUCAAUUAUUAGAUACAUUCGAAUGCUCGGAUUGCAGGAGCAAUUAUCGGGGAUUGUUUGAGCUAGAUUUCGUCUUUUCUCGUGAGGGUCGAUGGCGAAAGGAAUUGAAGCGUCGGCGAUGGAAAUCGACGGUGGAAAGUCGGAUUCUCCUGAGAUGACGAACCCUAAGUUCUCGAUCAACGUGUUGCAACUUCUGAAAUCAGCGCAGAUGCAGCAUGGGCUCCGGCAUCGAGAUUACACUCGAUAUAGGAGGUACUGCACUGCACGAUUGAGAAGGUUGUACAAGUCAUUGAAAUUCACACAUGGUCGUGGUAAAUACAAUAAGAGGAAUAUAACCGAGUCUACUGUCACAGAAGUGAGGUUUCUCCAUGUAGUUCUUUAUAUGGCGGAAAGGGCUUGGAGCCAUGCUAUGGAAAAAAGGCAGUUGCCUGAUGGGCCAAGCGCACGCCAACGCAUUUACCUAAUUGGCAGACUUAGGAAGGCGGUAAAGUGGGCGUCACUCUUUGCACAGUUGUGUUCCAUCAAAGGAGAUUCAAGAACCUCACUGGAAGCAGAGGCAUAUGCCUCCUAUAUGAAAGGAACUCUGUUGUUUGAACAAGAUCGGAAUUGGGACACUGCCCUGAUGAAUUUCAAGAAUGCCAGGGCUGUUUAUGAGGAACUUGGGAAAUAUGGUGAUAUAGAGAAUCAAGUUUUGUGUCGUGAGCGUGUUGAAGAGCUGGAACCAAGCAUCAGGUACUGCUUACACAAAGUUGGGGAAUCGAGCUUACAAACUUCCGAGCUUUUAGAUGUUGGGAAAAUGGAAGGUCCUGCUUUAGACCUUUUUAAAGCUAAAUUGGAGGCUGUUAUGGCAGAGGCAAGAUCCCAGCAGGCAGCAUCCAUGACUGAGUUUUAUUGGCUUGGUCAUCGGUUUCCAAUUACAAAUGCAAAGACUCGUGUCUCCAUUCUAAAAGCUCAGGAGCUGGAGAAAGGUCUACAUGAAUCCGUAGCAGAUUCACUGCCAUCAGAGAAGAAACUUGCCAUUUUUGACAAAAUAUUUGCAGCGUAUCAUGAAGCGAGGAGCUGUAUUCGCAAUGACUUGGUCACUGCAGGUAAUAAUGAAAAUGUGAAAGAUGACUUGAACGGCCUUGAUAAGGCUGUUGGUGCUGUAUUAGGACAGCGUACAAUAGAGCGCAAUCAAUUGCUUGUUAUGCUUGCAAAAAGUAAAUUAACUAGGAACCGUGAUGACAAGAGUGAGAAAGUCACGAAACCUGAGGAGCUUGUUCGUUUGUAUGAUCUUUUAAUACAGAAUACAACAGAUCUUUCUGAUUUAGUGAGCUCCGGAAGAGAUAGAAAGCCAGAAGAAGUGGCAUUUACGGAAGAGUAUCUGUUGAAGGGUUUGGUGUUUCGGGCAGAAAGGUGCUUCUAUUUGGCCAAAUCCUACAGUUGGGCAGGAAAGAGGACAGAAGCAUAUGCAUUGUAUUCCCAUGCCCGUUCUCUCGCUGAUACUGCUGUACAAAAACUCCAAACUGUGAACCCUCUGGACAAGGUAAUGGUCCGAGAAUUGAAGGCCUUAUCAAACAAUUGCAGAUCAAACAGUUGCAUAGAGCAUGCGGCAGCAAUCAUGGAGGAGGAGAAGGCUCCAGAAAAGCUAUCUAAAGGGGUUUCAGCCCUGUCACUGAAAGGUGCUGAAAAGAAGCUGGAAAAAUACCUUCUCGAGAAGCUUGACGUGUACGAGUCUGCAGUUGGUGAUCCCAGCUCGAAGGUGAUCCCACGCAUCGAACCCUUCCCACCAGCCUUCCAGUCAGUUGCUUGCAAUCCGAUUGUCUUGGACAUUGCCUUCAAUUCGAUCGACUUCCCAUCUCUCGAAAACAGGAUGAAGAAAGACAAGAAGAGUAUCUUCAGCCGGCUGUGGCGAUGAACCCACCCAUUGGGUGAGUGGUAUGCAUGUCGCAGGCUAAUCUCUAUGCUUGAAUUUUCUCUUCUGUGGUACUAAUUGCUUUUUGUUUUAAAUAAAAGUAUGAAAAUAGUAUAACCCAUUGUUUCCGGCUUUUGGUUGUGAAUUUUGAGCAGUAAUCUUGAUAUUACCAAUAGAACUUGCUUAAGAAUCUAAAAUACGUGGAUUUCAGGAAAAUGCUGGCUGGAUUCCCCCUGCUGUUUUAUCACUAGUAAAAAUGCACGUGCAUCGCAUGUGGGGCAUAUCUCUUCUA